AUGUCCAACCCACCAGUUGCCAUUCCCCUCAUCUCCCUCAUCCUAGGUAUCUCAACCCACCUCGGAUACUUCAUCCACGCCGAUAUCGAGAAACAUGCUGUGCUUGUCGCAAACUGUUUCUUUUUUUGGCCGGUGCUGGGCCUAAUUUCCCUAGCUGUACUCGGGUAUAGAGAUGCGGCGCGAUCGGGCUGGAUGGUGUUUGUGAGCUACGAAAGCGGGCUUUUCUUGUCGAUAGCGGUGUAUCGGUAUUUCUUUCAUGCGGUGGGUGGGUUUCCUGGGCCGAGGAUGGCGAGGAUAUCUGCUCUUUGGGCGGUUUGGCCGGCUGUUGUGCAGGCGAGGUGGUAUGUCAAAGUGAGGGAGUUGCAUGCGGUUUAUGGGGAUGUUGUGAGGAUUAAGCCGCGUGAGAUUUCGAUUAAUGAUCCGACUGCUAUUAGGGAUAUAUAUGGGGUUGGGACAACGUGUGUGAAAGGGCCGUUUUACGAUUUACAGUAUCCGCAUCGGUCGUUGCAGAUGGUGAGGGAUAAGGGGUAUCAUUCGAGGAGGAGACGGGUGUGGGAUCGGGGGUUUAGUUCGAGAGGUUUGUGCUCGUUUGUUCAUUGUAGAGACCUGGUCAGGCUUAUUGAGUCCAAAGGGUCGCAGAGGCAGGAGGUGACCGAGUUGAUUGAUGGGGUUACGUUCGACUCGAUGGGCAUUCUGGCCUUUAGUAAGUCAUUUAAUGUGUUGCAUGGUUCGCUGUCGAAGAUGAUGAGGAGGAUGAAGAGUAUGGGUCGAGGGGGUGCGGGUUUGGUGUGGGCCCCCUGGACGAUUAUACUCCUGCGGAAUAUGGUUGGCGUGAGACGUGUGACGGUUCAAUGGUUGGAGUGGUGUGCACAGGAGGUGGAGGAUAGGAAGAGGAGAAGUGCGGAACUUGACCGUCGGGACCUCUUCAGCUAUCUCAUCGAGGACACCACAGGCACCGAUGGGGACCUCGUCCGCGACACGGAGCUCGCCAUUGGCGCGGGCAGCGAUACUACUGCCAGCACCCUCAACACUCUGCUCUAUCUCCUGGCACGACACCCGGACAAGCUGCAGCGGCUGCGCGAGGAGAUCGACUCGGCCGUUUCAGCGGAUGAGGAGCUAUCGCACGGUGCGUUGAUCGGGAAGCCGUAUCUGGAGGGCUGCAUCAACGAGAGCCUGCGUCUUUAUCCCGCCGUCCUGAGCGGGUUGCAGCGAGAGACCGGUCCGGAAGGCCUAACAACCGCGGGCGUCUACAUCCCUCCAUAUACGCUUGUGUCGGUGCCGACCUACACCAUUCAACGAGACCCGCGCAACUUUGGCGAGCCCGACGAAUUCAUCCCAGAGAGGUGGUCCAGCCAUCCCGAGCUGGUGAUUCGAAAAGAGGCGAUGAUUCCAUUUUCAACAGGCACCUACUCCUGUGUGGGGCGGCCAUUUGCCAUGAUGGAGAUGCGACUGUUGGUUUCCACGAUUGUGAGGCAUUUCGAGAUCGAGUUUCCACCUGGAGAAGGAAAGGAAUCGCUGGGCUCACUGGGAGGGACAGGGCCACAGGACUGUUUCACAACGCAUAUGCCACGGUAUCAUUUGAUUUUCACGAAGAGAUAG